AUGGUUAUGGCUAUGGUUAUGGUUAUAUAUCAAGGACAGUGGAAUCAAUUAGCACAACCUAUUAGAAUUGCAGCAAAACAAAGCAAAAAAUUGACUAAAGAAAGUAAAGUAAAUAUUAUUAUUAUUGUUUUGAUGGUAGUUAAGCAUCGUACAAAUGCCGCCGUAUGCACUUUGGACCAACAGAAUAUGAAGGAUGAGCAAAGGAAUAAAGAUAAUAAUAAUGGUAGUAAGGAUACGUCAGUGUGGCUUGCUUACUGUGUUCAGUGUGUCUCAUCAUGUGUUGGUGGGGAAGGAAGAAUACCUUUCACAUACACAUAUAAUACAAGGCUUUCCAAGUUUGAAUUAUCUAAUCUGACUCAACAGAGAAGACCCUAA